UUGAUUUUUUUCACUUUUCAGUUUUUAGAUUAUCUAUAUUCCAAGCACAACACUAUAUGGAACUCUAGAUUUGACAAAUUGAACCAAGAUAUGAAUCACCCACUGUCCCAUUACUGGAUUGCCUCAUCUCACAAUACGUAUUUAACAGGCGACCAGUUUUACAGUGAAUCAUCAGUGGAGGCCUAUGCCAGAUGUUUGAAGAUGGGCUGCAAAUGUUUAGAAUUUGAUUGCUGGGAUGGUCCAGAUAAUCUCCCCUUGGUGUUUCAUGGCCAUACAUUGACAUCCAAAAUACGCUUCACAGACGUUAUACAAGUGAUAAAGGAAUAUGCCUGGGUGUGUUCUGACUAUCCGCUUAUAUUAUCAAUAGAGAAUCAUUGUAGUCUAGGACAACAGAGAAAUAUGGCAAGUGCUUUCAAAGACACAUUUGGUGAUAUGCUGUUAACAGAGCCUAUACAGAAAGAUGGUACACAAUUGCCUUCUCCAGAACAACUGAAAAGGAAAAUAAUACUCAAGCAUAAAAAGUUACCAGCUGACCCGACCCAGGCAGACCCUAGAGAUUACACAUUGGAUGACAGUAAGUCUAUAAAUAAUACAUAGUUUUAUGAGUAACAG